AUGCCCUCGGAUGACGAUCUUAAGGCACACGCUGCCUCUAACCAAGAUUUCUAUGCUCUCCUUGACAUUCCACCUGCGGCCUCGGAGUCGGAAAUCCGCCGUGCAUACAGGCGGACAGCCCUCAAAUACCACCCUGACAAGAUCGCAAACCCGACUCAAACAGACAUCGACAAAUUCCACCUGCUACAGAUAGCCUACGAUGUACUUUCUGAUCCCUCCGUACGGCAACUCUACGACAAUGCGCGGGAAGCGCGCGAAAGAAAAAGGCGUGAGGUGGAGAUGAUGGAUGCGGCGAAAAGGAAGAUGAAAGAGGACUUGGAAGCUCGAGAGCGUGCCGGUGCGGCUGCGAUGGGAGGUGCACAACGAGGCGUCAAAAGGACUUGGAUGUCUGCCGGCAUGGCUGGAGCGGACGACGAUGCCGAGGAAACGCUUCAGCGCGAGAUUGACCGGAUUGCGGAGGAUGGGCGGCGGCGACGCAAGGAGGCUGAGGAGCGACUGAAGCGAGAAGCUGAGGCCGAGGAGAGAAGGCUGCAGCAGGAACAGGAAGAGGCGCGGAGAGCUGCGGAUCGGAGCAGUCAACGAGUCGACCGUUCACACGAAGGUGGCACGAAUGUUCCGGAACUCGAGCGAGCCGUCAAAGUGCGCUGGGUUCGGGAAGGCCGAGGUUUGGAUCUAGACCAAGAUCGCUUGGUGUCUUUGUUCAAGCCUUUCGGUAAAGUUGAGAACACGUUCAUGCUCAAGGACAAGCGCCAGCGUGUCGGAGACAAGCGAGAGAAGAAGACUGUCGCGACAGGCGUUGUGGUAUUCGCCUCCGUUGUCAGCGCCCAUGCCGCCGUGCUGGACAGCGAGAAAAAACGACGCCAGAGCGCUGGCCAGCCGGACAACGACUGGACGCUCAUUGAAUCCGUUUCCUGGGCAUCUGGCAACCAGCCAGACAUAGUGGGCACGGAAAACCGGGCCGCUUCUCCCAUCUCCACGCCUGAUGAAGCUUCGUCAACACAAAAAACAGCUCCUUCUGUUGGCCCCUCCAAACCGUCUUUCGACUUCUCCAAGCUCAAGUCAGCAGCGCCGCCUGGUGGUCCAGCCAAGACCCCCGGGAAAGCGCCCUCGUUUGCCUCGUUCUCCUCGGCCGCGGGCUCAUCAAAGCCAACACCAUCCGAUGCAUCGGCCAAUGGACGAAGCACUCCGAGUUUUCAGGAGAUAACAUUAAUGCGAUUGAAGAAUGCACAGCGCGAAAAGGAACGAAAGGCCCUCGAGGCACAGCUUAUGAAAGAGGAUGAGGCAGCAGAUGCUGCUGAGGCUGCUGCCGCUGAGGCCAAGGGCUAA